CCCUCUAAUUGGAGCCAGACCCCGCGCCCGACCACGUCUCCACUUUGGGCGAGGGGGAGAGACGGGGCGGAAGGAGGGAGCGAGGGAAAAGCAGCGCGAGGAGGGGAGAGGAGAGAGAGAGAGGGAGACGGGUAAGGAGGGAGGGACAGAGAAACUCGACACCAGCAACUUUUUUUUUCUUUUUUUGCACAACGGGAGAAGGGAGAGGGGGAAGAAGAAGAAAAAAAGGCUUUCGAGUGAGUGGGAUCGCCACAGAGCGCCACACUCGGGGAGAGAAGCAACAUGUGUCCGUGGCUCGCCCUCCUCCGGCUGCUGCCCCUCGCCGUGGCCUUGAGCGCCCUCCUGCCCCGAGGAUCCUCCACCUCCCGCUUCAGCCCCGAGGCCUGGCUGCAGCAGUAUGGCUACCUUCCCCCCGGAGACCUUCGAACGCACACUCAACGCUCCCCGCAGUCGCUCACGGCUGCCAUUUCGGCCAUGCAGCGGUUCUACGGCCUUCAGGUGACGGGCACGGCGGACUCCGAGACCAUGAAGGCUAUGAAGAGGCCCCGCUGUGGCGUCCCGGAUAAAUUUGGGGCGGAGAUCAAGGCCAAUGUCCGGCGCAGGCGCUACGCCAUCCAAGGGCUGAAGUGGUCGCACUACGAUCUUACUUUUUGCAUCCAGAACUACACACCCAAGGUGGGAGAGCAUGCCACCUUCACCGCAAUCCGACGCGCCUUCAGCGUGUGGCAGUCUGUAACGCCACUGCGCUUCCGCGAGGUUUCCUACUCGGACGUGCGCGAGGGCCGCCAGCCGCAGGCCGACAUAAUGAUCUUCUUCGCCGAAGGCUUCCAUGGCGACAGCACCCCCUUCGAUGGCGAGGGAGGCUUCUUGGCCCAUGCCUACUUCCCUGGGCCCCACAUCGGUGGCGACACUCACUUUGACGCUGCGGAGCCCUGGACGUCCCGCAGCGAUGACCUUAGCGGAAAUGACAUUUUCCUGGUUGCGGUGCAUGAACUGGGCCACGCGCUGGGUUUGGAGCACUCGAACGACCCGUCCGCCAUCAUGGCCCCCUUCUACCAAUGGAUGGAAACAGAGAACUUUGAGCUUCCGGAAGAUGACCGGCGUGGCAUACAGCAAUUGUAUGGGACCGAAAUCGGCCACCCCAGUAAACCUCCGCCUAUCCCUCGAACCACUAUGAAGCCCCGAGUCCCAGACCGGCCGCCCAAGAACCCAACAUACGGCCCCAACAUCUGCGACGGAAGAUUUGACACCAUCGCUGUGCUAAGGGGCGAGAUGUUUGUCUUCAAGGACAAAUGGUUUUGGCGAGUCCGGAACAACCGCGUGAUGGACGGGCAUCCUCUCCCUAUCGGCCAGUUCUGGGUUGGUCUCCCCUCAACAAUCAACACAGCCUAUGAGAGGAAAGACGGCAAAUUCGUGUUCUUUAAAGGGGACAAGCAUUGGGUCUUCAACGAAGCCACCUUGGAACCCGGCUACCCGAAGCACAUCAAGGAGCUGGGCAGAGGGCUUCCCACAGACCGGAUCGAUGCUGCUCUCUUCUGGAUGCCGAGCGGGAAGACCUACUUCUUCCGGGGAGACAAAUAUUACCGCUUCAAUGAGGAGAGCCGAACGGUCGAGCCCGGCUACCCCAAGCACAUUUCUGUCUGGGAAGGGAUCCCUGAGUCACUUCGGGGGGCUUUUAUGGGCAGCGAUGAGGUUUUCACCUACUUUUACAAGGGAGACCGUUACUGGAAGUUCAACAACGAGAAGCUGAAGGUGGAGCCAGGGUACCCCAAGUCUGUGCUCCGAGACUGGAUGGGAUGUAGCUCGGGUGGCGACCGCCAGGAAGACGGCGAGGAGGUCAUCAUCAUUGAGGUGGACAAUGCGGAAGCAGGGGAGGUGAACGCAGCCGCCGUGGUGCUACCCAUCCUCCUUCUACUCACCAUCUUUGCCCUGGGGAUCGCCCUGUUCAUCUUCAAGCGCUACGGCACGCCCAAGCGGUUGCUGUAUUGCCAGCGUUCUCUGCUGGACAAGGUGUGACCAGGCGAGCUCCCUCGCUGGGCCGGGAGCACAAGGGCACUCCUGUCUCCCCCGCCUUGGCCACCAUCUCUCCUCCGGUGCUUCUUUCGUGAACCCUUUUGCCCUAGUCGCCACACUCUUCCUUCUCUGCCUUUCCCCGGUGCUGCCCUGCUGCCAUUUCAUCCUCUUCUUGCCUUCGUUCUGCCACUGCUCCUUGCGUGCUGCUUCCUCAUAUCCUGAUCUCCUCUUCUCCACUUGCAUUUUCUCCUACUGCAUCCUUUUCCCUGGUCCUGUUCUCCCUCCUUCCUCUCCUUCCCUCUCCUCCUCCUCGGUCUCUUCACAUCCCCUCCACCCCCCCUGUUUCCAUGCAAGCGUGCUCAUCGUGAGUGUAACUUGAGGAGGCAAAAGAGGACCUUCUUCCCCCAUGCUGGUUUCGGUCUCUGCCCGACCCCCGUCGCAGUGCACCCCUUGACCUCCGCUCGGGAAAAGGAGACUUCGCUUUUACCUGCCGACCUGCAAGGCAGGGGGAUAAGACGGCACACUGUGAACGCCCACCAAAGUUUCCCCCGCGCUCUCUCUCCCAUGGGUGGGAUCGAGGUUAAAUUAUCGCGGCGGCCCUCCCAAGUAUCCCCUGUUGUUCCUGCCGCCCACCCCGCAACCUUCUUCCAGGGUCACAUGGGAAUGAAUGAUGGGCAUAAGGAUUAGGAGUGAUGGGAGGGGAGUUGCAGGCCUCGUGGUGGGCGGAGCUAUGAAGGCAAAAUAGGGAAGCUGCAGGAUUUUGGGGGCGGGGCAAUGUAGCUGGGAAGAAAUCACGGCAUUCCAAAAAGGGAACUCUUUUAUCAUUCCAUUGGGCGUGGCUUGAAAAGGAGGGAGGAGCCAUGGCUGACCAAUAGAAGCGCUUAUGUAGAUUACCCAACAGGGAGUGGCCGGGAGGGCCCUUUGGUGGAAGGCAAGGGGCGGGGUCUAAAAUGUGGGGCGUGGCAUGACAGCUCGUACCUUUUGGAGGUGGGGAAGCAUCUUAAAGGGCCAAACCUUGGGAAAGUGGAGGUCUCCCACACAGCAGAGGUGGAGUUGGCCAUUGGUACCCUGAAUGCAACAGAGAGUGGGGCAAGUUUGGGAGCAGGAGGAAAGGGAAGGGUGGUUGUGGCGGUCGGUCUGGAGAUGGAGGAGGAGGAGGUGUGGAAUGGGAUGGAGGUGGUCAGCGCGGUUCAAAUGAUUUUGCAUAAAUGUUUACUCCAAUGUCUGAUUAUAACUGCAUGAAGUUUACAGUUGUCACUUCCAAUCCAUUCUGGAUUCUUAAGAAAAAAACCAAACAAAGCAAAGUAGCAAUUUCCAAAAACGAGAAAAGAAAGAAAGAAAGAAAGAAAGAAAGAAAGAAAGAAAGAAAGAAAGAAAGAAAGAAAGAAAGAAAAAGUGGAAGAAAAAUUCCUAUUGCACCAGAGAACUGCCUCAAACUGCCUUAUCCUCCUUUCUUAGGGAAAAUGUUUAAUUUUGUUUGUUUGUUGAAUAUGUAAUUUUUUAAUUAUUCUAUAGAAAUGCCUUUUUUGAAAAAAGAAAGUUUAAAAUAGUGCAUUAACAGGGUGGGGAAAUCAGAAUAGGGGUGGGAGAUGGAACCCCCCAAUCCUGCAGGCCGGGAACGAGGUAUCUAAACUCUCUCCUAUUCAGACCAUUUUCCAUUGGGGGUGCGGGGAGGGCAUGUCUGGAUUCUGGAUCUUUUGUUUUCAAAUGGUCUCCAAACGGAAUUAAACUGUGUUUAACGAUACAUUUGGGUUUGUGGGCGGGUUUUUAAUAUUGUUUAUUGUUUCACUUUAUUGUUAUUAUUAUUUUGCUAUUAUUAAUAAACACCCAUUCUUUGGGAGGGGAAUAUAACAUACAUCGCUGGGGCCUGUUUUAAAUCUGUUAUUCCUUUUAACGUUUAGCAAUAAAAACCCCCAUUUCUGGGUAGAAAUGGACUCAAAAUGCUGGGAGUUUUCAAACAUUUAUUUUAUUUUUGUCCCCACACAAUUUGUUCAUGACUAUUUUGUUAUUAAAAAUAAUCACCAGAGUUUUUUUGGUUUUUUUGGAAAAAAAUAAAUGCUGGAAUUUCCCCUCCUUUUUAGUA